AUGGAUAAGUAUGUAAACGGUCCUCCAUUCAUCAUGAUGAUCACUGGAGAUUCCACCACAUAUCCUCUUCUUAGUAUGUUCUUCAUAUCAUACGUUCCAAAUGAAGACAAAACGGAUUUUGAAGAGGCAAAAGUAGUGGUGAUUAAAGAUGAAGAGGAUCAUGAAGAGGGUGAAAAAGAUUUUCUUUCCUGUCCGGUUUACCAUGAGACUAUUCUGGUUUCGGACGAUUGA